AAGGAAAUAAACAGAAGGACAAGCACUAUGAAAGAAAACUUCUUCAUCUACAAAGAGUCCAUAAAGUUCUUUAUGUUGAUCAACCGAGUGAGAAGCUGGAUUGAGGAAACCGAAGAUCUCCAGUCAGCACGGAUAUUAACCAAGGAAAAGUACACCCAUCGCUAAUCGAACCAAAUAAGAUGUUAGCCGAACUCAACAAGAUCCAACAGAAACUGCAGAGGAACCAACUUCGUCUUAGCGAAAACUCUCCGAAAAGGCUGCAGUUAGUGUACAAACUAAUGAAAGCGCAAGCCAUUUUUAAAGACAACAUGCUAGUCAUAGACGCAAGGCUACCAAUAUACAUAAAUCAGCAUGCCACUCUAUUAGAACCAGUACCCAUACCACUCGUAAUUAAAGGAAGAAAGGUUAUUCCGAGGACUAAAACGAAAUUCCCUAUCUUCAACACUGAGAUAAACGCCUAUCACUCAGUGACUGAAAUGGAAGUCGGUAAUUGCCGGCAUGAAGGCGAAACCACAUACCUGUGCGAAGGAAGUUGGGCGUGGGAAAUAAAACCGAACAACAAGCAGCCGUGCAAAAUGAUGGAAUACGAGGAGGACACGUUCGUCAAAAAACGUAAUGGGAAAAACCGAUGGCUCUUCAAGGUAUUUGAGAAGAAGUCAGCCCAUAUUACAUGCGGAAACUACGAAGACAUGGUCCUUUAAACAAACCAAGGCAUAAUCGAGCUAAACGCUGGAUGCUCAGCCAAGAUAGGUAAAAUUAACAUUAUAACUCCGCAGGACUUAGUAUCUACAAAUACUGCGAGAUACUCUCCACUUUUCCUGAAGAUAAUCGACCACAACACCACAUGGGAUCCAACACCACUUCAACACAUUAUCGUAAAUAACUCA